UAUGUACAUACAGUAUUAUAUAACAUUCCAUUAUUAUAUUCUGUAACAAUAAGCAACAUUUACCAGUGAUGAAAUGAUAUGAUAGCCUACCUGUGUCCUCAAGAAAUACAGUACAUGUCAGAUGACGUCACAUAACCGGAACUGUAGUUGUUGAAACUGAAGUUGCCUGCUAGACGGACGUAUUUGCAAGCGGACUUGUCCGUUCGGCUAAUGUGUUCGUUCUGUGUAAUGCAGAAAUGGAUGAAGAUUCCCCAGAUGAAGUGCUUGCUGAGCUGAAAACAAGGGACCUCAGUGGUUGGGAUGUUGCUCAGAUUGCUGCUGGAACUGGCCUCGCUGUGUAUGCUAUGUGGGUAGGAGUCCUCCAGCCAGGCUUCCGAAAAGUCCCAUUGAGGUUACAGGUACCGUACAUACCUGCCAGUGAAGCCCAACUGCGCAAUGUGAUGACACUGCUGAGAGGUCGACAGGGAGGCCUCGUGGAUUUAGGAUCUGGUGAUGGCCGCAUAGUUUUGGAGGCCUGUCGACAGGGCUUCACGCCUGCUAUCGGCUAUGAGCUCAACCCCUGGCUUGUUCGUUUUUCCCGCUUUCAUGCAUGGAGAGCAGGUCAUCACGACAAAGUGUCCUACCGAAGAGAAGAUCUUUGGAAGGUGGACUUGACAGAAUGCAAGAACAUUACUGUGUUUUUAGCUCCCAGUGUGCUUUCACUGCUGCAGGAGAAAAUGGAGGUUGAACUUCCCGAUGACGCCUUAGUGGUCGCUGGCCGUUUUCCCUUUCCUGACUGGAAGCCGUGCCGAACUGAGGGACACGGGGUGGACAGAGCCUGGGCAUACAGCAUGCAAGCACAAAGACAGCUCACUCCAAAUAAAGAUAAGAAGUUCACAGCCACAGAUGGAGAUGUUAGCUAUGGAAAAGAGAAACCAUUUCAUUGACCAUAGUGGACACUUUAAGUAUAUGUAAUGAACAUACUUUUUAUUCUAUUUAAACAUUAAUAUUUUAAGGACAUUUUAUCAAAUUAAUACAGAAUGCGGGACUACAUGUCUUACAAGGUACUACAGAAUUUUGUUGGAAAGUCCAAGUAGAGCACCCAUGCUCUCAUGAGUAAUUUUGUCUUGGAAAACAAAUAAAUCAUUUUGACUUAUGAGUCUCAGAAAGGUGUUUUCGGUCUGAACCCUCAAGAGGUCGAUAUACCCACACAUUGGUUUCUAAUGGCAUAGUUUCAGCUUUUUCCAUUGUAAAUGAGUCAAUGUUUCAAAGGUUUUGCCUACAUAGCAAAUAUAAAAUAUAUUUGGGGGGUUUUAACCCUUGAAAGGCCAGUAUGCUUAUGUCAUUCCAACGUUUCAAUUGAUGGAAAAAUUCCGAAAAAAGGAAGAUUUUUGUUUAUUAUUAUUAUAAUUAGGCCCUGAGAUGAUUAGAAGCAACAUUGAUGUUCAUGCAUUUUCUUGAAGGCAUGUGUUGCCGCAUGCUUUGCAUGGGAAAAACUAUCACUAUCUGGUGGACACAUUUUUAAAAAUGAAAGCCAGCAACACGAAACAAAUGAUUGCAUUUGUUUAUGUUAAGGUAAACGUGGGAUUAUCAAAAAUGGCAUUUUCAGAGAUGGCAGAGAUGAGAAUUGUAAAUGUCUUCAAAAAAUAAAUAUCCUCUAGAAAACUCAACCUAUAUGCUUUCAGCAGUUCAACAAUGUGCGUAGGCUCUCAUAA